CUUUGACAAUUUCGAAAUCAACAAAGAUUUGUGUGCAGGUGAAAACGUCAUGUUUUAAUCAAUAAAAAAGAGUAAAGUUGAAUAAUUUCAUUAUAUCUCGUGAAAAAUAGAAAAAUAUUUAAUUAUUCUGUGUCCUUAGAAGCAGAUCUACCAUAUAUGACUUUUUUGUGUUAACAAUUUGUUCCCAAGUACCUACAUAAAAUGGAUCCAAAGGAUGUGGUAGAACAUUUAGUUGCAUUGAAAGUAAUGCGGUUGACAAAACCUGCUUUAAUAAGUCCAAAAAUAGUAACUUGUGAUUCCAAAGAUUUGCCUGGAAAUAUUUUGAACAACUACCUUAAAGAUGAUGCUACUUCAGUCACUCAGAUGGAAACCCUUGCAGCUGGUCAGUUCUUAUUACUCCCACAAAGCUUUGGGAAUAUAUAUCUAGGUGAAACAUUUUCAUGUUACGUUUGCGUUCAUAAUGAAACUAACAAUCCUGUUCAAAGUGUUUCCAUCAAAGCUGAUUUACAGACAAACUCACAGAGGAUAUUGUUAACAACACAGCAGAACCUGUCACCUACAAUGCUGGAUGUAGAUGAAACACUCAGUGAUGUGAUACACCAUGAAGUUAAGGACCUUGGCACACACAUUCUUGUCUGUGAAGUGACAUACAUGUCUAACUACAACACACUUGCUUCAUUCAGAAAGUUCUUCAAGUUCGAAGUAAUGAAACCAUUGGAUGUGAAAACUAAAUUUUACAAUGCUGAGUCUGAUGAUGUCUAUCUUGAAGCUCAAGUGCAAAACAUAACUUCUGGUCCUAUCAUAUUAGAGCAGGUUUCUUUGGAGAGCUCUCAACAAUUUAAUGUGAAAUCUUUGAAUGAAGUUAACGAUGGAAUGUCCGUGUUUGGUGAUGUAACUUUACUUCAGCCUCAAGAGAGCUGUCAGUACCUAUACUGUUUGACUCCAAGAGAGAACAUUUCAAAAGAAAUUAAGCUACUGGCAGCUGCUAAAAAUAUUGGAAAGCUUGAUAUUGUGUGGAGAUCCAAUUUAGGUGAAAAGGGGCGGUUACAGACAAGUCAGUUACAGAGAAUGACACCUGAUUAUGGAGAUAUCCGACUCACAUUUGAAAAGUUACCAAGUAAAGUUUCUGUGGAGGAGCCUUUCGAUUUUCAAUGUAAAAUUGUGAAUGCUAGUGAAAGAACAAUAGAUUUAAUUUUGAAGUUGAGAUCUCUACAAGAUUCAAGCCUACUCUGGUGUGGCAUUUCAAACAAGAAGCUGGGGCCACUGGAACCUGGACAGUCUUUAUACAUUAACCUCACAGCUCUACCAAUUAAUACUGGGCUGUGUAAUAUAUCUGGAGUAUCUUUGAUAGAUUUAUUCCUUAAGAGAACCUAUGAUUAUGAUGAUUUAGCUUCUGUAUUUGUUUAUUAA